AUGUCGCUGGGUGUAAUUGGACAGUGGGCCGGGCAAAACAUCGUGUCUUACUACCUCGGGGCUGUACUAGAUACAAUUGGCAUCACCUCUCAGUAUCAGCUGCUCUCCCGAUUGACUGACUCGGGCGUCGACCGCUUCGCCAUCAGUCGGCGUGGCAGUGGUCCCAGUGUUGUUAUCCUCUACGGGUUCUACGACACUGCCUUCUCUGGCGCAAAUGACCACGUACUUGAGAAUCUUCCUCAACAUUUAGUCAAUCCUCCUGCACUCGAACCUAUUGGUUGGAAGCAUUACAUUAAACCCGAGGUCAUACGUGAGAAGAAAUGGCGAUCAUCUUCGACGUUGAAGCGGCAAGAGUUACGAAUAUUCCAUUAG